GUUUGAUUGUCCUCUCGGCGCUGUGCAUUCAGAGGAGAGAAUAUCGGAGGAGGGGAAGAGCGCAAGCCCAGCUGCUCCCGGCGCUGAGUUCGCAUCCAGCGAAGCACAUCAGACGGCUGCACCGCAUCCGCUCGAACCACACGCAGCAGAGUGAGAAGGGCUGCAGACAGCAAUAUCAUCUACAUCGGGGUUUCAGAUGUUGUUUUCUUCAGUGUAGCGCGACAGCUUGACGGGUGUUUAAUAGUUCCCUUUUUUCUCCAAGCCUAUCUACAUUAUGCAUGCAUUGCAUUAUCGGAGUUCCAGAAUUUAAAAUUAAAUUUAAACGUAAAUUUUGAGUAGUUUCUUUAACAUUGCGGAGUGGUGUCUGGACGAUUGGAGAGUAAUUUCAACCAUUUUUUAAAUGCACUCUCCGAAGGGGCUAUCUGCUUUGUACUUAGUCGUGCUAAAGUAGAGGUAUCGGCUCUUUCAGGGGGUCACAGUGUCCUGGAGACUUGCUUUUCGCAAGGGGAUUACUUUGCCCCGGGGAACCCAUCUUUUAAAUCCGCCUGGUGCAGUUCAUUUAUCAUUGUGUCAACACGGUCUACUUAGUGGUACCACUGCGAUCAGACCUGGAACAACUGAAGUGCAUGUUGUGCGGCAGAUCCGAUUGGAAUUAAUCGGGAACUACAGUGUAUUGCGGACACGACAGAGACUAUUCUCUCGACCGGCUCCGUCCCAAAUCUCAACAAGGACUGGCUGCAAAGCAGAGAGUGGCCAUGCAAUGUCUAUCUGAAAGGUGACUACGUGCGCUGGGGUGUGUCACUUAUACACUGAAGGUCACUCCUAUGGCAGGAGCCCACUAGAAACAGGCCGAGAAACCGAGAAACUCUGGCACAGAAGCCCCGCCCCCUCCGGCCCGCUCCCCCGUUUACAGAGCGUUCUGUAAAGGGGCACCAGUCGCCGCCGCCGCUGCCGCCGCCAUGGGCACGGUGCUGUCGCUGUCGCCGGGGUCGCGGAAGGCCAGUUACUAUGACGACCGGCCCAGCUCGCUCAGCCACUACCCCAGCCUCAGCAGCCACUCUCUGAGCGGGCAGAAGGAGCGCAGCAUCAAGCGCCACUCCAUCCUGCUGCCCGCCCUCACCUGGAAGCGGCUGGUGGCCUCCACCAAGAAGAGGGGCUCCCGGAAGGGCUGCGUGACGGGCGGUCCCGGAGGCCCCGGGGGCCCCGGGGGCCCCCUCAACAACAACAACAACUACCAGAGGGACGUGGCGCACCUCAACCACCAGAACGUCAAGAAGUCGCUCUCCUGCGCCAACCUCUCCAGCUACGACGGGCCGGCGCUGGGCUUCGGCCGGCCCCAGCUGCCCUCGGUGAAGCGGGCGACGUCGGCCGUCAGCUCCUCGCCCAAGCGGGUGAUCGUGCAGGCCUCCACCAGCGAGCUGCUGCGCUGCCUGGGCCAGUUCCUGUGCGACCGCUGCUACCGGCUCAAGCACCUGUCCCCGGCCGAGCCGGUGCUCUGGCUCCGCAGCGUGGACCGCUCGCUGCUGCUGCAGGGCUGGCAGGACCUGGCCUUCGUCACGCCCGCCAACGUGGUCUUCCUCUACAUGCUGUGCCGGGACGUGGUGGACGGCGACCUGAUGGCCAGCGAGCGGGAGCUGCAGGCCACCCUGCUCACCUGCCUCUACCUGUCCUACUCCUACAUGGGCAAUGAGAUCUCCUACCCGCUCAAGCCCUUCCUGGUGGAGCCGGGCAAGGAGGCCUUCUGGGACCGCUGCCUGCACAUCAUAGACGUCAUGAGCGGCAAGAUGCUCCGCAUCAACGCCGACCCGCACUUCUUCACGCAGGUGUUCGCCGAGCUGAAGAGCGAGGGGGGCUGCAGCCCGCAGGACUACAGCCGGGUUCUGGACCGGUGAGGCCCCGCCCCCCCGCUCCUCAACCUGUCUCCGCCCCCUCCGCUCUGUGAAGAUUGGAUCCAGCUGCUCGGGGGGAUGGGUAAGGUGGGGCUGCUUCAGCAGGGGGUGUCGGCUUGUAGUUAAAGCAUUCCAUUUGCUGUUCGUCGGUUCUCUAAUGUCAUCCACCACUGGUGUGUAAUCGAUACUUCCCCCUGCCCCACCUUCCACUUGACAUGCCCUUACCCC